AAAGUGAGCUCACGUUCACACAUUGGUAAAAAGGCUGGUCUUGCAAUGCCUUUGAAUAUUUUACUUUUUGUCAGUUCCCCUUCAGAGUCAUACACGCACACACACACACGCACACACAAACACACGCUGAGCUGAAGUGAACCACAGCAAGGGGCUGCACUGGAAGAUCUGAAAUCUGAUCACACACACUCUCUCUCUCCCCCUGAUUAUCUCUUAUUACAUACCUCUCUUUCUAUAUAGACAGACACACAUACACAGAGAGAGAGAGUGAGAGGAAGCCAGGAACAGUAUCAGCCACACCACCCACAAACAGAACACCUUAUCUCUUUUUGCUGGAUACACACACACACACACACACACACACACCCGCACGCACACACACACACGCACACACAAAAAAGACACACACACGGAGAGAAAGAGAGACUCUCACAAACCCCUCUCUUUCCUCCUGGCUUCCCUGGAAGAUUUUGCUGGCUGUUUUUCAUGGAGAAAGUCCAAGGAGAAAUGGAGAUUGAGAGAUGGGAAAGAAGCGAAGAGAUGUCAGACGCAGAGAAAAAGGUGAUUCAGGAGACAUGGAGCAGAGUCUACGCCAACUGCGAGGACGUUGGGGUCUCCGUACUGAUCAGGUUUUUUGUCAACUUCCCGUCUGCCAAGCAGUACUUCAGCCAAUUCAAGCACAUGGAGGACCCGCUAGAGAUGGAGAGGAGUCCACAGCUGCGUAAACAUGGCAUGCGGGUCAUGGGGGCAAUUAAUAGUGUGGUGGAGAACAUCUACGACUCAGAAAAGGUCUCCUCCGUUCUAGCCUUGGUGGGCAAGGCGCAUGCUGUCAAGCACAAAGUCGAACCAUUCUACUUUAAGAUUCUCAUUGGUGUCAUACUGGAAGUGCUUGCCGAAGACUACGCCAAUGAAUUCACCUCCCCAGAGGUCCAGAGAGCCUGGGCCAAGAUGAAGAGCCUCAUCUGCACUCACGUGACUGCCGCGUACAAGGAGGUGGGCUGGGUGCAGUAUCCAAACUCCACCAUGAGCCCCCAGGUGACGGCGGUGACGGCGGCGGCAGGAGCAUCAGCAAAGUGACAGAGCCCCUCUCGCAGACCUGAAAUGCUCUGUCUCCAUGAGGAAAAAACUGGCACCGGAACAUGAUAGCACCCAAGAGAACUACAUCUGUCUCCUUUAAUUACAUCCCGUGUACAUAUUAGUGAGUGGAAGUGCUUUAUGAUUUCUAUAGCAAAGGCCAGCAAAGCUAUAGAAGGCCGGUUGUGCACAAGCACUCUCCCCGAAGUAUAGACAGGCAAAUUUAAAUCAUGUACACUGUGACGGGGGUGGGGAGGGAAUAUCUUUAAUUUCCCCAGGGGGAAAAAUAAAUAUAAAAUAGAUCAAGACUGUUAAAAGCUCAUACAUGUUUAUAGCUCUGGAGAUUUACAAUUGUUGUCUGCCUUGCAGAGGACAUUCCAUCAAAUGGCACUGAAUCUGUCUGUUUCCAUCUUUUGUACUUAAGGUGAGAAUUUAAAGCUCUAGCAUUUGCAAGCACUUUUGUGCUCACGCACCACUCAUGAGUAACCGUGUCCUUGUUUUAUUCAGAACACUAGAUGACGUGUGCAUAAGUGCUUGCAGGACCUAGGUCCAGAAUUGUAUCCGCAUGAUCCAUUCAGAGCCACGUCCUUAGGAGAUGCAUUUGAUCACAGCAUUACAUAGCCUAGAUUCUGCAAAAUCUUAACUAUGGGUCAAAUUCUAGUCUUGUCUAUCAUUCCUGCUUAUCUCUGCUGUUAACUCCUCUAGGCUGGAGUUUCUCUGGAAUUAUAUCAACAGUGUUUCCAACGCUCACUGUUUUGUCGUGAGUCUUGUAUUAUCUAGUGUUUCCUCCCCCUCACAGAUCCAACUCCAGGAGUCAUGAGAUUACAGGAGAGUCUUUCCGACGAGAUUUAGCCAAAGCUUGAAUACGUAAAGCGAGUGUAACCAAAAACCAAAUGAGAUAUAUUAAAAGAAUAUGUUGAUACAUGCAUUUCUAGACAUCU